GCGCAGACGAGGAGGCAGACGCGGCGGCGACGACCGAGGAGGGACCUGACCGCGCGGCACGGCAACGCCUGGGGAGUCGGUGUCCUGCUGUUUGCCUGAACGUUAGCUAAACCCCGCGCUCGCUUCAACCGCCAUCACCGACACACACACACACACACGCACUCGCACUCGCUCUCGCACUCGCACACACACACACACACACGCAGCGGAGAGGGGGAACAUUAUGGCGACGUUGGGACCGGAGUCGGCUCGUCCUCCUCUUUCCCAGCUCGGUUCUUCUCCGUCGACCCAGACGCACAUCGGCGGCGCCAACCUGCCUCCCAACCGGGGCUUGGAGCGGGCGCUGGAGGAGGCUGCGGCCAGCGGCGUCCUCAACAUCAGCUCCCGAAAACUGAAGGAGUUUCCCCGGACAGCCGCCAACCACGACCUGACGGACACGGUGGAGGCAGACCUGUCAAAGAACCGACUGACCGACGUCCCCUCAGAGGUCUGCCACCUGGUUGCCUUGGAAACACUAAACCUGUAUCACAACUGCAUCAGGACCAUCCCCGACAGCAUCAUCGGCCUGCAGUCGCUCACCUCCUUAAACCUCAGUCGUAACCAGCUGGGCUCUCUGCCGGCCUGUCUGUGUGGUUUACCUCUGAGAGUCCUCAACGCCAGCAACAACAAGCUGGUCAGCCUGCCAGAGAACAUCAGACAGCUGCACAACCUCAUGGAGCUGGACAUCAGCUGCAAUGAGAUCACAGCUCUUCCUCGUCACAUCGGCAGACUCAAAGCCCUGCGAGAACUAAAUGUACGCCGAAACCUUCUCUGCGUCCUGCCAGAAGACCUGGCCGAACUUCCUCUGGUGAAGUUUGACUUCUCCUGCAACAAGGUGUCCACCAUCCCAGUGUGUUACAGGAAGAUGAAGCAGCUCCAGUCGCUCCAGUUAGAAAACAACCCACUGCAGAGUCCACCUGCACAAAUCUGUAUAAAGGGCAAAGUUCACAUAUUCAAGUAUCUGAGCAUCGAGGCUUGUCGCAGUGAGAAGAUGCCCGACUCUCUCUACCUGCCUGUCAUGGAGCGACUCAGCCUAUCACAGCCCACCGCCGGCAGUGUGGAGGACAUGGAGCAGCAGAAGAAGCAGGACAGCGACUCAGGAGUCGGCAGCGACAACGGAGACAAGAGACUCUCUGCUACUGAGCCGUCAGAUGAAGACAGUCUGAGUCUCAACGUGCCGAUGAGCCACAUCACAGAGGAGGAGGGAAUCAGCAAAGACGACUCCAGUGAACACAUCAGCUCCCUGACAGCAGACCCAAACUCCGACUCGGUCCGUCUGAUUGAGGAGAGCCCUACAGAAGCCCUGAAGGAGCAGUUCAGCUACAGAGACCCUGCUCUCAGCACUCGCUUCGUCAACUACAUCAAGGGUCGGACAGCAGCAGACUUUGACGAGCCUCUCAGGAUAGAAGAAGACUCACACUGGCAAACAGAACAAACGUCAAAGGUCACGGGGGGCACGGAGCUCCACAUUGACAUGAUCAACCAGCUGAAGGAGGCUGUUGAGCUGCUGCAAGAUCCCAGCAGAGUCACCACGGAUCAGGACGAUCUGUCUGGAGUCCAACUUUACCCUGUGGAGAUGGUCACAGUGGAGGAGUCGCUCAAUGGGCAGGACAGUGAUGACGGCGCCACCACACCGAAGCAAGAUGACAGAUCUCCAGCCCCAUCCUUUUCCAACCCGCCGUUUGGACUGAAGCCCCGUUCAGCCCCGCCCUCGCUGCCCUGCUCGCCCCCUCCUUCCUGUCUCGACCCCUCCCUCCUCUCACAGGCUUCGCCCCUCCGUAGAGAUACGCCGCGUAGCCACGACGACGGAGGCGUGCACAGCCGUGUGUUCCUUCGGAGCCACAAGAGUCUGGAGUCUGUGGAUCCUCAGUUCACCAUGAGAAGGAAGAUGGAGCAGCUCAGAGAGGAACUGGAGCUCAUGGAGCAGCUCAGAGACAGCAUCGAGAGCAGACUGAAGGUCGUCCUUCCUGAAGACCUGGGCUCGUCUCUGAUGGACGGCGUCGUGCUCUGCCAUCUGGCCAAUCACAUUCGCCCCCGCUCUGUCGCCAGCAUCCACGUCCCCUCGCCUGCAGUGCCCAAACUCAGCAUGGCCAAGUGUCGGAGAAAUGUGGAGAACUUCCUGGACGCCUGCAGAAAGAUUGGUGUGCCGGAGGACAAACUGUGUCUUCCUCACCACAUCCUGGAGGAGAAAGGCCUGGUGAAGGUGAGCAUCACGGUGCAGGCCCUGGUGGACGAGGCCUCCUCCAAACACACCCUCCCGACGUGAGCGGCGGAGACGGGCGGGGCUUCCGACUGACUGACACGUACAACGAACGCACGCCUGGAUCGACACGCUGACGUGAUUUCACGUGACGCUACAACACGCCUCUGUGGUCAUUCUGCAUCCCUCUCAGUAACAGAGUGUUUUUUUAUUAUAUUUAAAGGAUGCAAAAUGGUGUUAAGGGAACUAAACCGGUCAGAAGUGGAUUUAUUUACUAAUUCACAUUAGGGAACUUCUGGGUGAAUUAAGGAUUUAGGAAGCAGAUAGAUUGAUGGAAGAGCCGACGCUGGCCAGUGUUUGACUGGAUGUAGGUGACUUCUCACCGUAAACGAUGUGUUUUACAUCAGUUUCAGGGGGUGCGAGUGGAAAUUGACGCUUCUCAACAUCCACUUCUUCAGUUCAACACAAGAAACAGAAAAUAAACAGUCACCUGAGGGGCAUAAAUACAGCUCCACACUUGUUUUAUUUUAGUUUUUUCUGGAUUGAAAAAUUCUUACAAUGGUUGGUACCAAACAUUACGGCUCAGUAUCGGGGCCACUGUGACGGGGGAAGGAAAAAUCUUUGAUUUCAAGAAUAAAGUCAGAAUAGUUCUAAUGUUGAGAGGAUAAAGUUAGAAUUUUGAGAAUCGGAUUAAUCUUAUGAGACAAAGUCAGUCAAAGUCAAUAAUAUACAGAAAAAUGCAGUAUUUUGAGAUUUAAUCAUAAUUUUAUGAGGAAAAAGUUCGAAAAUUAUGACAAAGUUGUAAUUUUCCUUCAAUCGUUGGAGAAUAAAGUAGCGAUAUUACGAGAUGUGGCUUUAUUCUUGUGAAAUUAUGACUUUUUUCUCAAAAAAUGAUUUUUUUUCCCUUUAAUUACAACUUCAUUUGGUCAUAAAACUGUUAUUAAUGUAAUAUUUUUGAUAUAUUUUACUUUAUUCCCAUAAUAUUACAUAUUUUUCUGAAAUGACUUUACUCUAAAAAUCUCAGACGUUUUUCUCUGUAACCGUGGCCCCUAAUACUCAUAGGUAUAUUUAAAGAAAGUGGUAUUUAAAUCUAAAUUAGCACUCGGUGUAGCUCUUUAGCUUUUCUAGCAUUCAAUCGGAACCAUUUAGCCGCAGCGGCGCCAACUUUGUACCUUCGCCCGUUUGUACCGUGCAGCCCGGGCUCUCUGGAGCAGAAGAACUCCUCAACCAUUUCACAGACCGUCAGUUGUCUAUCUCCAGAUUCUAGAUUUUUCUCUACUGAGGUUGCAGGUGAAGUGUCACUGGACUGUGUGAGUAUUUAGCGUAUUGCUCUCAGUUCCCCGAAGAGAAUAAAACCACAAUGCUACAGUCUUAACAUAGAGGGAGACACCUUUUAACCACCAUUCGUAUUUAAACGUGAAGAUAUUUAUGAUACAAAGAGAAGCUGAAAUAAGGUGUUUGAGUUGUUGUAUAAAAACCAAAAAUAUUUUUCUCUAAUAUAUUUUAGGUAUAAUUGUGUAUGUUUUAUAAAAGUUUGACUAUGACUUUGUGUGGAGCUCUCUGCAUGUCCCCGAACCAGGUCUGAGUCUGUGUUGUGAGGACACUAAUCCGUGUUGACCGGGUCUCCGGGUCUUUUCUCACUCUGCGUCCUCUCACAGUUGUUGGUAGUCCCAGUUCACAGAGGGAGACCGGGCCUCGGUGAAACUACUUCAGCAGUUACGUUCACGUUGGAUGUGGUGUUUCUGCGAGAUGCAGUUUGCUAGUCUGCCAAAACCCGCGUGGCGUUAACGAAAAACGUCUCUGAACAAACCGCCGGCUUUUCUUUCCACGUAGGCCGAGGCCUGUGUGACUUCCCGCGCAGAUCUUCUGAGUGUUAAACCCCUGCAGCCUGUUGCACCAGCCGCUGUAUGCGUGAGUUGAAAUGGAGCUUAGCGUGAGCGUAGCGCGGGAGCCGCUCAGCGACCCGGUAAAAGCAGUUUUCUCCGUACAGGUUAGUUUCACUUGUAGGGUUGAGACAGAACUUAGAAAUGUACAUUGGCGGAUUCAAAAUCGAUGCAGCAGAGCCAGAGAGAUGGUCAUUGUUCAUUCCACGCAUUCUUCUACCGCGUGCCUACAUUACCCACGGUGCACCUCGACAGUUCAGCUGGACAUCCGGGUGUGUCACGCUAGUAGCAGCUAACGUAUCCUGGAGCCCGUAGCCUGCAGCAUUGAAUCUGGUAAGCUCACUUCGUUCUCACUCCUUCUCCCCACCCCCCGAUUUUUCUGCUCGUCACACACGUGGUCUUCAGGCCCGACCGCCGCCGACUCGGGUGACAUCACUCGAGGACAUUGGUCAGACCUCAUGCAAAGGCAGCUCCCGUCUAACUGUGGGGACGGGGGGAACAGUUCCUGUGACAGCUGCGUCCCUUUGACGUGGCUCGGUACCAACGUCACUGGGGAACUGCUGCUGUUUAGGUCUCGACUUCGUUGACGCCGACUGAUGUUUUCCAAUUGGUGUCUUUACCAUUUACGACCUUACGGAUGCGAUGCAGGGCAUCCUCAGCCCAGCGAGUACGACAGAAGGUGGCGAUGACGAGUAAAGAUCACAACUCGUGUUGUCAUAUGUCGACUAGUUCGCUCCGUUGCAGGUCUCUCGCCGCGACAGCGUUUUGAUUACGGUCGGCGUCAUGAAGUCAUAGUGUGAGCGGAAAUGCCGCAUGAUGGGGAGUUUAGCGUGAAACUGACCCGUUAAACCGCAGCACUCGCAGUCAAACUUCCAUCCGGCUGGUGCAACGGGCCGCAGACGUGUUAACACCGAUCCUUUGUCAGCUUCCAUCCCUCGAUAAAUGUCAGAGAUGUGCGUUUGAUUUUUCCAUUUCAGGAUGAGGCGGGUGUAGGGUCUUUGAGGAUGAGAUCUCACGUAGCCACACCUCCGGCGCCACCGGUCCCACGUGGGUCAGGAGCUUUUCAAAACUCUAUGAGAAAACAAACUUAGAAAAGAGGCGGUCCGACCACUUUCUCACUGCUCUGUGGAGUAAAGUUGACGUCGUGGCGAAGCGCUUCUCUGGCCCGGUAACCGUUCAACAAGCGAGCGUCGAUUCCACUUUUCAGCGUCUGAACUUGUCCAAAUCCCUGAGGUUCAGGCCGGAGCUGUUGCUGUGUGAGAUUCUGUGACUCAGGGUAGGUUUGGGUUUACUACACUGUUGAUGCCUCAUUCCACAGCCUGCUACGUCAACAGUAUUUUACGAGUGUGUUUUUAUGUGUGAGCGUGUGUGAGAACAAGGGAGUUGGCCUUUUGAAUCAUGUGGCAAUGCAGACCUGGCGCAAACCAAGACUUUAAAGGGGCAGUAACCAAUUCUUGAGCUUUAUCGACCUCUGCUGGCAACUAGGACAAAGCUCUGAUAUCAGACCUACCAUCGUCACCACUGUGCACGUAGGCGGGGCGAGGCCGGAGCCAGAUGGGACCAGUACCCCACCAAGACCUGCCGUAGUCCUGCCACAAAAGGACUGGACUUUGACAGACACGAUUCUGACUGAUUUCCUUCAUUUGGCUGCUGUUUCCUCAAUUCUCUGGUUGAAAAUGAGAGUGAAGGCAGGCGGAAGAACACACUAACUAUUAUUCCCAUUAUCGAUCGAUCUACUGAUCAUGUUACCGACGAAUUUUUGUCUCUAAAAUGCCUGAAAACAGUGAAGAUGUCUCUAAAGACCAAGGCAGUGUCACCAGAUUUCAUUUUUGUUCCACCAACAGUCCAAAGUAUAAAAAAAAUUUAGAACUAAGAGACGCAGCAAAUCCUCACCAAUGACCAAGUCAAACUAGGGAAUGUUUGACAUUUUCACUUUAAAAAGGACUGAAACUUCUUU